GGGAGGACCCCGUGGAUCCAACGCCUGCUGUCUCUCUGGACUGACUUGCAUUCGCGCAUCCUGCAUAUUGCAUCCCGCACUUCGCGUCCGCACCGGUUCUUCUCUCUCAUAACACCGGCAUAAACGAGAGAGGGGAUUCAGACAAGCGAAUCCAUUCGGUUGCGCGAUCGUACUCGCACAACUGUUCUGUUUGUUGUCAAUUGACACGCCAUCUCUUUCCCCGCUUGACCCAGCCUCGUCUCACUCACACAACGCCCACCAAGAAGAGAGAGAGAGAGAACCUCUUGCAACUCUCUCCCCUCUCGCAACAACACCCAGAACCCGCAACCAUGGGCUUCCUCGACUCGUUCAACGACGGCGCCUCCAUCAUCUCCGGCCGCUCUUCCCGCCACAAGAAGCGCUCUCACAAGAAGCGCCGCUCGGGAUCCCGUUCGCGCUCGCGCUCUAGUUCGCGCAACCGCCGCACCAGCGGCCGCUCCAUCGCCGGCUCCAUCUUCGGCGGCGACAGCCAUGACCGCCAUGACAAGCAUCACUCGUCCCGCGGCUCGUUCUUCGGACUCGGCGGCAACACCAGCCGCUCCAGCUUCUUCGGUUCCAACCGUUCGUCAUACUACAAGCGUUCUCCCCGCCAGGGCUUCGUCCAAAGGUCGUUCAAGCAAGUGAAGCGUCUAUUUCGCGACCUGGUCCAUUGGGCCAAGCGCCACCCCUGGAAGGUCUUCUUCCUGGUCAUCAUGCCCCUCAUCACCGGCGGCUUCCUGACCGCCCUGCUCGCUCGCUUCGGCCUGCGCAUCCCGCCCAUGAUCGAGCGCAUGCUGAGCACCGCGUCCAAGGCCGUAUCUGGCGACUCCGUUGGCCUCGUUGGCGACGCUGUCCGCAUGGCCUCUGGUGGUCUUGGCGGCGGCUCGUCUGGUGGUGGCUUGACCGACAUGGCCAAGAAGUUUAUGUAACGGAAUAUAAAGUACACUGUGCGGCAAGACCUUGCCCUAGAGACCUUUUUUUUUUUUUGGAAAUUGUGGGCGUUAUGGAUGGCAUAUUGAUUACCUUGUUUCUUGCGUCCUGGGUGGCUUCAUGCGCGGCCCUGCUUGCACCUUGUGCUCGACAGACAGACUUUGUUCUCACGUAAAGACAGACCAGGUAGAACCUGUACACAAUUGAUGAUU